GGAAAAAAAAAAAAAACAGCCCACGGACUUCCCGCUUCUCCCCGCUUGAGCUUGUCUCCACUCUCUGAAAACCUCUCCCUGCUCCUUCCUACGCUUUCAUUUCCCCUUAAAAAAAAAAAAAAAGAGAGAACCGUAACUCCAGAAUUUAUUUAUUAAUUUCCUUUUUUUGUUGUGAAACCCUCUCCAGAUCUUUUCUUUUCCUAUAUCUCUUUCUCUUCAGCCAAACACCUUCUUCACUCUCUCCAGAUCUGAAUCUGCAAAGAAAUCCUUGAAUUCUUGUGUGCAACAAGUACUAGAGCAAUUAAAAAGUUUAAGGGCCAUGUUUUAGCAAGUUGGAUGACAAAAUUUGUGUAACUGACCCUAUGGAAAAGGACAACACCAGUGAUAAAAAUAUAACAGAUUCUUCCAUUGAUGAAAAACUAGAGGGAAAUACUGAUGGAAUUCACAAAGAAGAUCAGGGGAAACCCAUGGAGGAGGUGCAAAGUCUGAACAUCAGAAAGGACGAUGUUAAUAAGUUAGAUGAUUGUAAUGGACAAGACAGAUUGGGUGACAACAGGGAUCAGAACAGAGUCUCGGAAUCUAGAGAUGUUGGGGACAAUUUAGACAAUGAUGAUAAACAUGUUGAACAAGGUGACAAGAUGAAUAAGGAUUGGGUUUUAGAUUCUAAAGCUCAAGAAGAAAUGAAUGAGACUACAAAAGAAGUUCUUGCUGAGGAGGAGCCUGAGCCUAUCUUUGAUGGCACAGAAGUUCCUGGGAUGGAGGCUAACCGAAGUUCAUCAACUCGUUCCUUGGAUCUGGAUCCAGAGGAAGAGGGAUCUGUGUGGCCUGAGAAAGCAGUGGCACUUAAGAAUUUUGUGAAGGAGAAGGGUACAGUUGCAGUGAGCAGUGUCCUGCGUCGCCUUUCUUUUAAGAGAUAUGAAGUUGAACAGGCCCCUCUUGGUGUAGAUAAGGACACUUCAGAUUAUGCUAAGCUUGGGGAACAAACUGCAAUGUCUCCAAAAACUGCAGAAAGAUCUGCUUGGAAUCCCCUAAACUACAUUAAGAUGUCGCAUGAUGGUGAUGGAGAAAGCAAAGCUGAGCAGGGGGAGAAUAUCAUUGAAGAAUCACUUCUACCUAUUGUCACAAAAGGAAGAAUUAUACUUUACACAAGGUUAGGAUGCCGAGAUUGUAGAGAAGUUAGGUUGUUUCUGCGCAGGAAAAGGCUUAGAUAUGUUGAGAUCAACAUUGAUUUAUAUCCCAGUAGAAAGUUGGAGCUAGAGAAGUUCUCUGGGUCUUGUGUUGUUCCUAAGGUCUUCUUUAAUGAAGUAUUGAUUGGAGGCUUGAGCGAACUCAAAGACUUAGACAAGUCUGGCAAGCUUGAUGAGAAGAUUGAUUUUUUGAUUGCUGAAGUAUCAUCAGCUGAAGCUCCUUUACCACCUCUUUCUGGUGAAGAUGAUGUGUCCAGUAAUGGGCCUGUUGAUGAACUAGCUCUAAUUGUCCGAAAAAUGAAAGCAACUAUUGUUGUUAAGGAUCGGUUUUACAAGAUGCGCAGGUUCACUAAUUGUUUUCUAGGUUCUGAAGUGGUGGAUUUCCUAUCAGAAGAUCAGUACUUGGAAAGGGAAGAGGCUGUUGAAUUUGGGAGAAAGCUUGCCAAGGAACUCUUCUUUCAGCAUGUUCUUGAUGAGAAUCUAUUCGAGGAUGGUAACCACUUGUAUCGGUUCUUGGACGAUGAUCCUACUGUGUCAUCUCAAUGUCACAACAUUCCAAGGGGUAUAAUUGAACUGAAGCCUAAGCCCAUCACUGACGUUGCAUCAAGGCUGAGAUUUUUGUCCUAUGCCAUUUUUGAAGCCUAUGUAUCAGAAGAUGGUAGACAUGUUGAUUAUAGAAGUAUUCAUGGAAGUGAGGAAUUUGCAAGGUACUUAAGAAUAGUUCAAGAGCUCCAAAGAGUAGGAGUGCAAGACAUGCCAAGGGAGGAGAAGCUCGCCUUCUUCAUAAAUUUGUACAAUAUGAUGGCCAUCCAUGCAAUAUUAGUGCUGGGUCAUCCAGCUGGUCAAUUGGAACGAAGGAAGCUGUUUGGAGACUUCAAGUAUGUUGUUGGUGGGUGCACAUACUCACUUUCAUCUAUUCAGAAUGGCAUUUUAAGGGGCAAUCAAAGGCCGCCAUACAAUCUUUUGAAACCGUUUGGUGUAAAAGAUAAACGUUCACAGGUGGCUCUACUCUAUUCGGAGCCUCUAAUUCACUUCGCCCUGGUUUGUGGCACCCGAUCUGGGCCUGCUCUUCGAUGCUACUCUCCUGUGAACAUUGAUGAAGAGCUGAUGGAUGCAGCUCGGGAUUUCGUAAGAGCUGGUGGACUUAUUGUUGAUUUGUGUGGCAAGGUCGCAUAUGCUAGUAAGAUCCUCAAAUGGUUUAGCGUUGACUUUGGCAAGAAUGAGGUAGAGGUAUUGAAACAUGUCUCAAAUUACUUAGAGCCAACUGACUCUGAAGCUUUGCUGGGGAUGCUUGCUGAUGUUCAGUUGAAGGUGAUAUACCAGCCGUAUGAUUGGGGAUUGAACUGUUAGGGUUAGACUACUUUUUUUCUAUAGUCCUUAUACUUGAUCAUAAAGGUUUCCCUGAUUUACAAAAUUUUCUCGAGGGAAUUAUCAAUUAUUAUGUUGCAAAAACUUGAAGAUACAUUCAACUUUAGAUAUCUGUCAGGCUACAGUUUUAUGGAAUUAAAAUAUGGUUCAAAGUUUCUUGUUUUAUUGGGUAUGUAGAAUUCCAAUGUGAUUACUUUUACCAAAUGAAAGUAUCAAAUCCAUAGUUUAACUUACAUGUAUCUUGGGCAAGGAUAGUCUGGAAUGGAUCAUAGUGCAUUAUCAUUUAGCCUCCUCCAUGUCUCUUUGGUUCAGAAGUAUUACAUUCAAUUUCAUUAUCUAAGAUGUUUUUCACUGGCAUCUACUUGUGCAAUUUCAUUAUCAUGUUGAUAAACCAUCUAUCUAUACUUUUAAUUUUUCUACUACCUCCCCCUAAAAGAAAGGCAUUUUCGUCCACAAAUAAUUUUUUAAUUCAAGCGUAAAAACGCUAGGAAGGACAUUGGACUUGCUUGGUGCAAAUUGAUCGGGCCUCCUUGGCCCAAGAAGCCAUUCUUCUAUGUUGUAUUCCUCAGCCUAACUCUUGAUAGCCUCAGGAUAUUCACGCUUUGCAGCAGCGAGGUACGUAGGCAGAAAAAGAGAAUAGCAUUAGGUGCUAAUGGGGAUUAAGUUGGGCUUGUUUGCAAGAGAUUCGAAAAAAAGAGAUAGGGAUAUCAAAACAAACUUGAUAAGUCUAAAAUCUGUAAGGAGUGCACGCCUUCUAGUUACUCUCCAAAGCUUGAUUGCACCCCAAGUGCCUAACUGACUCACUGACUUAUAUUCCCAUACAAUAUAACACAUGUUCUCCUCAAAACCCUUGCCUUCACCAUUGCCAUUUACCACUACUAAUUUUCGUUUUGGACACCCAAAAUGUGGCCUUAUUCUCAUUUACUUUUGAUAGAACAUGAAAAUGAAAGAAAGAA